AUGGAAACUCGGCCGGUUGACAAGACAUCCGCGCCGUACAACGGCCCUGGCGCUUAUCCGUCAGGAGCACCAACGGGAGACCAGUAUCGUCCGUCCCAGUCUGAGUAUUCUCGUCCUUCCAAGCCUGACGAUUACUCCCGUGUUUCCAAGCCUGAGGACUACUCUCGUCCCUCCAAGCCUGAGGACUACUCUCGCCCUUCCAAGCCUGAAGAUCCUUCUCGUCAGUCCCGGCCUGAAGAUUACCCCCGCCCUUCCAAGCCUGAGGAUUACUCCCGUCCCUCCCGGGCUGCUGCUGAAGAUUACUAUCGUCCGUCGCGACCCGACGACUAUCCCCGGCCGUCCGACCAGUAUUCCCGUCCACCCCAGCCCGGGACGCCUUCGGCGCCAUACAGCAACUAUGGUCCGCCUCCGCCGAUCCCAGCCGUCGCCGUCCAGCCUCCGAUCGAGCAGAUGGCAGGUCCCGCGGCCUAUCCCACCCCUCACUCACAGCACGGGACCAUGGCCGAGGUCCCCAAGCCCGCCACCGCCCUGAACCCUCUCACGACGACGACGCAGGACCUCAAGUCGCUCAAGACGAGCACGCAGUUCGCCCUGCGCGAGUACCUAUCUCUCCAGCGCAAGAGAGGUCGCCUCGACGGUGCCACGUCGCUGGACCUGGAGAACCAGAUCCAGGCCCAAGGACGCAUCGUCCUGGGGGACCUCAAGACUCUGCGGAAGGAGGUGGGGGUGGUGAUCAAGGAGGGUGAAAACCAUCGCUGGAGAAACUGGCUCAUCGGUGGUGCUGUGGCAACUUUUAUCCCAGCCGUGAAGAGAAUCUUUCGACGCUCAACGGCGGAUAAGGGGACCAGCAUGGCAACUAACAACACAGAGUACGCCUUCUCCCGUAGCAAGGCCCUUCUCGAACGCAUCAAGGAUAGUGUGCUCGGUCGCAACAGCUUUGCCAGCAUCGCCUUCUUCGUCUUCGCCGUCCUUUACGUCUUCUCCAAUGAGGUGUCUCUACUAGUAGCCAAGACGGUCUCGAAGCGCCUCAAGAGGCUCAGCGCCAAGAUCGAAAGGGGAGACAUCGAGGUCGUUGAUAGUGACAUGCAGUACCUGGAGGGCUGGCGCUGGAGAGUGUUGAUGUGGGGGAGAGAGGACCCUGCGCUUGGUGCCAUGUUGAGCGGGAACUCUCUCGACUUUAACGAUCCUCUUGCGGUAUCACAACUGAACAAGACGCUUCUCAAAACAAAGUUCGGCCUGGAAGUUGACUUUCCACACGACCGCCUCGCUCCAGGAGUGCCGCAAAGGCAUCGUUACAUCCUAUGGCUGAAGGAACUGAUGGACAGCACCACUUACGAUGAUCCAGAUCGCAAGGUAGUUGGCUUGGACAUUGGCACUGGCGCAUCUUGCAUCUACCCCCUCCUCGGGUGCACCCAGCGACGAUGGUCCUUCUUCGCGACUGAUAUCGACGACAAAAGUAUCUCAUACGCCAAACGAAACAUAGACCGCAACAACCUCCAAAACCGCAUCUCCGUCGUCGCCCGCCGCCCAGAAGACAACCUCGUCCCCUUAGACGAGCUGGGUGCCGAUACCCUAGACUUCGUCAUGACCAACCCGCCCUUCUACAAAUCCGAAGAAGAAGCCGAGAUCUGCGCGUCCAAGAAGGCCGACCCCAAGAAGUCGGCCUUCACCAUGGCGCCGAACGAGCAGUUCACCUCCGGCGGCGAGCUCGGUUUCGUCGGGAGGAUCCUGGAAGACUCGCUCGUCCUGCGAGAGCGGGUGCAGUGGUACACGGCCAUGUUCGGGAUGAAGUCGAGCUUCGAGACGUUCAUCGGCAGGCUCCGCGAGCACAAGAUUGACAACUACGCCGUGACGGAGUUCGUGCAGGGACAGCACACGAGGAGAUGGGCCGUCGCGUGGAGUUUUGGGUCGAUGAGGCCUUCUGAUAAGGCCGCGAGGGGGUUGGCGGCUGCGCAGUGGAAGGGGGUGCUGCCGCCGAGUGUGGAAACUGAGGUGAUUGGGUUUUCGUUGGACGGGGGAGUUGCGAGGGAGGCGGAUAAGGUGCACGAGCUGAUGGCGUCGCUGGAGCUGAUUUCGUGGGAGUGGGAUCGUGAGAAGCUCGUCGGCUUGGGGAAGGCUAGGGAAGAUGUAUGGAGCCGAGCGUGGAGGCGAAAGAAGAUGCGCGAGGAGCGGGAGGGCAAGACGGUAGACCGGACGGGCUCGGAGGAAUGCAGGUUUGCGUUCGAGAUCUCUCUGAGCGUGGCACGAGACGGGAUCUCUGUUCACUGCCGAUGGAGGCAAGGGGACUCUUUCUCGGUGUAUCAGAGUUUUUGCGGUUUCCUGAAAACCAGGUUGGCGGACCUGCCAACGCUAGGGAAGUGA